AUGGUGUAUAGCACUAUAAAUAACACAGCUCCAGAAUAUCUGACUUCACAUUUUGUUCGUCGCUGUGAUUUAACUAGCUAUAACCUUAGAGAGAAUGAAUACAAGCUCACUGUUCCACAACCACAACCCCGCACUGAAUUUUAUAAAAGAAGUCUUUCCUAUAGUGGAAGUGUGUUAUAGAACAGCUUGCCUCUGGAGGUGCGGCGAUUGACAUCCCCAUAUAAUUCAAACAAAACUCGAGUAACAUAAUUUUUUUCCUGUCAGCACUAUGCUAGCAGAAUACUCAAUGAAUUUUAUUUAUUUACACUAAUGACACUUCUUAUUCAUUGUAUUUUCAAAAAGGAAAAUGAAUAACAUUAAUUGUAAGUAUGUUAAUCUCGGGUUUACAGUGUUGUAUUUUCUAUCUUAUGAUUUAAAUGUCUGGAUAGUUUGAGGGAGAUGAAGAAGAAUUUCAUUUAUGUUACCUGGCACCAUUUUGCUUCGAUUUUCAGCAUGAUUUCUGAUUAGCAUGGAGUAAUACAUUUAAGCUGAUUUGGGUGAAAAUUAUUGUUCAUAUCCCACUUGCACUGCCAACACAGAACACUAAUUUCAAAAGGGAGAAGUUUUCGUCUUUUGAAAUAAAGGUUUAUAUGUGGAUUUGAACAUUUCUUUUUUAAUUAUAAUUAUGAUAAAAUUAAGAUUGCUCUUAAUAAUUACUGUACCUGUGGGAAGGCUACCUAGAAUAUAUUGUUUGGCAUUUGACCAACAUCAUCAGUGUAAAUAUUCUUAGAUUCUAGUUUAGUUAGGUAGUUAGUUUUCUCUACUUGAAUGUAAAGGUACCUGAAGGAAAUACCGUGUAUAAAUAA